ACAAUAAUAGAUUAGAGCAGCUGGAAGAGCAAUUGCUAGCUCCUCCAAUCCUCAAUCACUCCUCACCAUCUUAUUAUUAUUAUUAGCUUAAUUAGUUUAUUAAUUGUUAGAAAAUGCUGCUGCACCACCCUUUUCAUCAUGCCUCCUCCUUCUUCUUCAUCAUCAUCAUCCUCCUUUUCUCCUUACCAAAUUAUUCACAAUCUUUAACCACUCAUGAGGAUGAUGAAAGGGGUAUUUUACUUCGCAUAAAACAAGAGUACUGGGGAAAUCCAUCUUCACUUGAGCAAUGGAACUCCACUUCCUCCCCAUGUGACUGGCCUGGAAUUUCAUGCAACUCCAAUGGAAGUGUCACACGGAUAUCUCUCUCCGAAAUCCCAGGAUCAUUCCCGGCCUCAACUAUUAUAUGCCAGCUCAACAACCUUGUUUCAAUCAAUUUCAGUUCCAAUAAUCUUUGGGGAACUAUACCAGCUAACCUCUCCAGCUGCUCAAAGCUUGAAGAGUUGGAUCUAUCUGCAAAUUAUUUCACAGGAAAAAUACCAGGAGAUUUAUGUACAACUCUUGUGGAAUUGGACUUGUCUUCCAACAUAUUAUCAGGUGUGGUCCCUGAGACCCUUGGUGAUUGCUCAACCUUGGAACUUCUAGAUCUAUCCAACAAUAAAUUCUCUGGUGAGUUGCCUGUUGAAACCCUACUAAAUUUGACUAGCUUGAAGACACUGGUUUUAUCAUUCAAUAAUUUUGUGGGUGGCUUGUCUGAGUCAUUGUCUAGCUUGGUAAGCUUAGAGACUUUAGAUUUGAGUUCAAAUAACAUCUCUGGUUUGAUUCCCUCUGAAAUUUGUAAAGACCCUAAGAAUAGCUUGAAAGUGUUGUACCUUCAGAAUAACCUGUUUACUGGUCCAAUACCUGAGAGUAUAAGCAACUGUUCCCAAUUGGAAUCUCUUGAUCUUAGCUUUAAUUACCUUAAAGGGAAGAUACCAUCUAGCCUCAGGUCCUUGUUGAAGCUCAAGGAUUUGAUCAUUUGGAUGAAUUGGCUUGAAGGGGAAAUCCCGAGGGAGCUAAUGUACUUGCAGUCUUUGGAAAAUCUGAUUCUUGAUUUCAAUGAAUUGUCAGGGUCAAUGCCUGAAAGUCUCAGCAACUGUACUCAUUUGAAUUGGAUUUCUUUGUCGAAUAAUUUGUUGAGUGGUGCUAUACUUGCUUCAUUAGGGCAGUUGUCUAGUCUAUCCAUUCUGAAGUUGGGAAACAACACCAUCUCUGGGAGCAUACCUGCUGAGUUGGGGAAUUGCCGCAGCUUGUUAUGGUUGGAUCUCAACACCAAUUUCUUGAACGGUACUAUCCCACCUGCUCUGUUCUUACAAUCUGGCAAUAUUGCAACGCCAUUACUUACUGAGAAGCAAUAUGUGUAUAUAAAGAAUGAUGGAUGUGAAUGCCACGGAGCAGGAAAUAUACUCGAAUUUGGUGGGAUUACACAGGAUCGCCUUGACAGGAUUUCAAUGAGGUAUCCCUGCAAUAUUAAUGCAGUCUACUGGGGCAUUGCACAACCAACAUUUCACCACAACGGAUCCAUCUUUUUCCUUGACCUUUCAUACAAUAAGUUGGAAGGCAGUAUUCCAAAGGAAUUAGGUUCCAUGCGGUAUCUCAAUUUUCUGAGUUUAGGGCAUAAUGAUCUCUCUGGACCAAUACCCCAAGAACUUGAAGGCUUGAAGUAUGUUGAACGCCUUUAUAUAUCACACAACCGACUCAAUGGCUCAAUUCCACAAACUUUGAAAAAUCUCAUAUCUCUUUCAGUUCUUGAUCUGUCUAAUAACCAACUUUCUGGAAUGAUACCUUGUUCAGGUCAAUUUGCAACAUUAACUGGAGAAUCAUUUGCGAAUAAUUCUGGCCUUUAUGAUUGCUAUCAUCCUCAGGAUGGCCUAGAACCAAGUCCAAGUUUAAGUUCAAUUUCUAAGUCUAGCAGAUCAAAGAAAAAGCAUUAUAUCAUUAUAGGGUGUGGUGUAAUUGCAGGGCUACUAAUUUGGUUAGUAACUCAGUUACUCGUGAUAAGACUUGCAGGGAAAGGGAGAAUGGAAAAUGAUGGAGAAGAAUGGAGUAUGGUUUCAUUUCAAAGAUUGGGAUUCAAUAAAUGGGAUAUUUUGGGUGGUUUGACCGAUCAAAAUUUGGUUGGAGAUGGAGGGUCAGGAAAAGUAUAUAGAGUGAUCACAAAGAAAGGCAAAAAAGUUGCUCUUAAAAGUAUAAGGCAUGAACGAAAUGAAGGCCACAUUUUGGAGAAGCAGUUUAUAGCAGAGGUUAAGAUCCUUGGGGGAAUUUGGCACAACAACAUAGUGAAAUUGUUAUGCUGCAUCAGAGGAAAGACUACAAAGCUUCUUGUGUAUGAAUACAUGGACAAACAAUGUGUUCACAAAUGGUUGCAUGGAAAGAAAAGAGGCUUAACUACUCAAGUCUUGCAGUGGGAGAGGAGGCUAAAAAUUGCCAUUGGAGCUUCACAAGGGCUUUGCUAUAUGCACCACAGUUGCAAUCCACCCAUUGUUCAUAGAGAUAUCAAGUCUAGUAACAUACUCGUCGACUCUGACUUCAAUGCCAAGAUUGCAGACUUUGGACUGGCAAAGAUGAUGGCGAGUGAAGGAGAUCCAGAAACAGCAUCCGCUAUUGUGGGAACUUUUGGUUACAUUGCCCCAGAAUACAGCAGCACAAGAAAAGUGGAUGCGAAGAGCGACAUCUACAGCUUUGGCGUAGUACUCUUGGAAUUGACAACGGGAAGAGAAGCAGUGACUGGAAAUGAGGAUAUGAACCUGGCACAAUGGGCACAUAAACACCAAAGAGAAGGAAACUCGGCUGUAGAUGCCCUGGAUGAAGAGAUCAAGGAUCCAUGUUACCUGGAAGCCGCGACCAUUGUUUUCAAAUUAGGCCUUGCGUGUACUUUGCGUUCUCCUUCAAAUAGGCCAUCCAUGAAAGAUGUUUUGCAGAUUCUUCAAAGAUGCAACAAUGCCUUUGAGAGAGCUGUUCCGAAUGGGGCGACUGAAACUCAAAUCAACAGUGAGAACAACCAUUUGUCUUCAAGGAGUGGAUAGACAAUAUUUCCCUUUUUCCUUUAGAAUGGACUUAUCCCAUUGCAAAAUCCUAUGUUUAAUGUG